AUAUGCAUCAUCAUUUGAAAAAAAGAAAAGAAAAAAAAGAGGCUAAAGUAAAAUAUGGCACCUCACAUCUCUAGAGCCUCUGUUGUUGUUUUGGUAGCUUUCCUAGUCCUUCCCUUACUUUUCUCAGACAUGGCAAGAGCAACAAUUCCAGAAUCAGAUGUUGAUCUUUUAGAAUUUCCUUUAAAUUUAGAAUACUUGGAGGCUGAAUUCUUUUUGUUUGGGUCUUUGGGUCAUGGAUUGGAUGUAGUUGCUCCAAAUCUGACUGAGGGAGGACCCCCUCCUAUUGGUGGAAAAUUGGCCAAACUUGACAACUUUGUCAAGGAUGUCAUCUUCCAGUUUGCUUUACAGGAAGUUGGACACUUAAGGGCCAUAAAGAGGACAGUGAAAGGGUUCCCUAGGCCAUUGUUAGAUCUAAGCGCGACAUCUUUUGCACAAGUAAUGGAUAAUGCAAUUGGGCAUCCUCUACUUCCUUCCUUCGAUCCCUAUGCUAAUUCGAUCAAUUUUCUGCUUGCAUCUUACGUGAUUCCCUAUGUUGGCCUCACUGGUUAUGUUGGUGCUAAUCCACUGCUGCAAAAUGCUGCUUCCAGGAAGCUAGUUGCAGGGCUUUUGGGUGUAGAGUCCGGGCAAGAUGCAGUUAUUCGAGCAUUAUUGUAUGAACAUCGAGCAUCGCUGGUGCAUCCGUACGGAUUGAGCGUGGAAGUGUUCACAGAUCGCAUUUCAAUGCUUAGGAACAAGCUAGGAAACAAAGAUUUGAAAGAUGAAGGUCUUAUUGUGCCUAAAGUGGAAGGUGCUGAGGGCAAUAUUCUUGCUGGUGACAUAGAUUCAUUGGCAUAUCCUAGGACUCCAGAAGAAAUCUUGAGAAUAAUAUAUGGAGGAGGUGAUGAACAUUUUUCCGGUGACUUCUACUCUCGAGGAGCAAGUGGUCGCAUAGCCACUUCUUACUUAAAUUUUACUACCUAAGCAUUUAUUUUGUAGAUUACAUGUCUCUUUAAAGGUGAAGAUUAGGGUGUGCAACUAAACUUGUUACGCACCGUGUGAAACAAAAAUAUUUGAGGAAUACUAUGGAAGUGACACUAGAUUUAUUAGUA